ACCAUUGGCUCCUGACCAGGAACGACCUCCCCCUUUCUGCUUUGGGUUAGGUUGUGUGCAGAUUGUUUUGAAAUGAGUUUAUUGCUUUUCCUGCUAGCCCCUAAUCCAACGGUUUUGCCAGCGACACACCGCAAAGAUGCCAAGGCAACAGGCUGGCCAGGGCACUGAUUUCAUGUCCAGUUGGUAGAUGUGUCCACUGGUGCCUGGCAACUGUUAGGACAUGAUGCCAGAGAUGACAGAAACACAGACCCCUGGUCGUAAGCCCAAAAAGAAGAAAAACAAAGAAUCUCACAAUGCAGUUGAGAGACAUAGAAAAGAAAAGAUAAAUGCUGGAAUUAACCGCAUUGGUAACCUUUUGCCAUGUUCCCAGGCACUCAAACAGAGUAAGAAUAUGAUACUGGACCAAGCCGUUCGCUACAUUACUGACCUGAAGAAACAGAAUGAUGCAAUGCUUCUUGAAGGAGGUGAUAAAGUGCAAGCGGAGGAGAUCCGCAGACUGCGCCGACAGAUGGAGGAGAUGAGGAAGGAGAGCGUCCACUACAUCGACCUCCUCAAGGCCCACGACAUCAACUUCCUGGAGGACCCCACUGUCCACUGGAAGGGCAAGCAGCGUUGUGCCAAAGUUGCCAAGGUGACGCCCACUCACCAACUACCAAAGGGAAUCAUCGUCUACUCCAACGGGAACGUGAUUUGUCCAGCGGGGAAGGAGCCUGUCCUCGAAAAACAAACCCCAGAGACGGUCCUGGUGCAGCCAGGGCCUGACUCCAACACCGGGGUCAGGGUCAACGGGGUCCUCCACGUCAACGUGCCCUCUGCCCCCUCGCUGCUUCCUGCGGCAAACGUUGCUCCUCUGGAGAAAACCGCAGCUCUGAGGCUGGUGGAAAGGACCCACCCUCUGCCGACCUCCGUGUCCUACAUCACACUCCAGAUCCCCGCUGGCAGCACCUCCUUGCCUCAGCAUUCCCAGUCUGCCGUUCCAUCCCAUAACAUUACCAUAGCUGCCACUCCAGUGACCCAGCUAUCUACUCAGCCUGUCGUGAGCCUGGCCACCGUGGCCCAGGCUGGAACGCACUCCUCCACUGCAGUGGUGGCAGACAUUGUGGGCUCUUUAGUCUCCGGAGACACCGCCAUGAGGACUGUCAGCUACACGUCCAUCCCCAGCAACACAGCUGUCCUCGGGGCUGGGGCAGCCGGCAGCACACAGACCACAUGGACAACGCUCCAUUUGGCAGGGAACACUGUGCAGCCUGUCUGUCAGAGCAUGCCUACGUUGGAGGGUGCUACCACCAAUCAGAGGCUUCAGCAGCUGACCGUGUGUCCAAUGGGUAACAAAUCCACUACCCAGCCCAUUAAAUUCCAAAUACGACCUCAGGUACCCUUACAGCAGGCGAGCAUUGCAACACACAUCCAAGCACAGCCUGUUCAUAGACUUCCACAGCUGCAUUCAGCCCUCCUCACACAGACCAAUACCCAGCCCCAAUGUGCUGUUCCUCCCCGGCCGGCCGUGGUGGCCCAUCCUGCUGUCAUGUCACAACCCCAGCCAUCUGUGCUGCAACCAGCGUCUGUGGUUCCCCAUCGCCAGACCGCCCUGAUCCCUCAACCCAAGCCCCAGCCCCUCCCUCAGCCGGCCCUUGUACCCCAGCCUCAGGCAACAGUACUUCCCCUUCUCCAGACCAUGCAGGUGCUGCAGGUCAACCCAUCAGGGGCCGGCGUGUCUGGGGUGUCCGCUCCGCAGAACACCAAUAACCAGAGUGUGGUCAUCCUACAGCAGGGAAAUGCCUGUUCGUCUCAAGCCACAGUUAGAGAGGAACUGCCCAAUCAGAUGUCAUGCCAGCAUAUCGUCAUCAUCCAAACCCCCAAUCAGACGGCCCCUGCCCAACAGAAUCCUCAGGUUGGCAUCGUUCCUGCUGCUCUUCCCACUGCAGUGUCUGCUCUCCCUACUCAAAUCACAACAACUAACUGCACAACAACUACAGCUAACUUACACACGGUUGGAGGGAAACAGCUGGUGCACAUUUUACCACGCCCUGUUCCACCCAAAAUGAAGUCCUCCCAGCAGGUGAUCCAGGCUUCACCUGCCAGGACUGCUCAGUCUGCCGCCCCACAGACCAUCACUGUGAAUGGCCAGGUGUUUGCUUUGCAGCCCAUGAAUACAGCAGAUAAAGCAGGCAUGCAGGGCAGCAAAAGCACCCUGCAGCUGGUCCAGCCCACCACCGCAGAAGAACCUACCACCAAUGUGGCCCUCAAUAGUCUAGGGGCGUUGAGCAGCCUCAACAAGAGCAUCUCCCAAGGCCUGCCUCUGACGAUCACCAGUCUGACGAAUCUUCAGAAACCUGCGGCUCCUCCUUCGGUUGUCCAACAGCAGCAGCAACAGCCCACCUCUUCUGUCGCCCCUGCCGUCCAAGAAGUAGCACCCACUGCCCCCUCCAGUCACUUACAGGCUUCGGCUACUCCUCCCCUCCUGCCUGUUCCCCUGGCUGAUGCCACUAAGGCCCGACGGCAGAAAAAAAGCAAAGUUGUUGCCAAAAAGGGAGCAAACAAAAGAAACAAGCCCCCCAAGAGGAGAGAGAGUAUACAGGCCCAGGUUACUAUCGCUGGUGCAGCUAGGCCAGUGGUUGCUGUAGUAGAAUACCCAACUGCUGGGAGUGUAAAAGAUAGUGUCCCUGCAGUCACCACAGUUGUUACACCCGCCACUUGUAGUAAAGUCACUGCUGAUGGUAAAACGCCAGAAAAUAUCUCCAAGAGCCGAUCUAAAACAAUCACUGUAUCAAACUCCUCCAGUCAAGCUGCAGUAUGCAGUAAGCCCCUGCAACAAGAAGGCCCAACAUCUGUAAGUAGCCCACUGAGCGUAUCUCAAAGCACAUCUGCAACUAGUAUUAAUGUUACACAAAAUGAAGACAUUGUGAGUCUACCAAGUGGUGCAUUAUCAUCCACUCCUGCGGUCACACUCAAAACAGCGGUGGCAGCAGCCAUGGCCAUUAAGAGCAAACCAGUGUCAGUGGUCGGCAAUAGCACCACUGCCUCUAAAGUCCCAGGGCCCCGGACCAAUUCACAGGCCACCACUACUGAACCUUCCGGGAAGCUAUCGAGGCCGCUCAGCUCCACUGGAAGCUCUAGCAGUUCCAUUAGAUGUGCUGUCUCUGGCGUUUGUGCCACAGACGGUCGUAGCACCUCCUCCAGUGUCACUACGGUGUCUACCGUCUCAUCUCCGGUCUGCACCCCUCUUGUCUCGGACAGCAUGGCACCAGUUAGGAUUCAGGGCACCCAGACCACACUCUCCCAGGCAUGCUCCAAGCCAGAAGCAGAAAUUUCCCCGUCCGCCUCUGUGAGCUCCACCGCACCACCCUCCUCAAUGGUUCUGACGUUCUCCGUGGCCCCGGGCACAACUCCUACAAGCACUGAGAUGAGGAAAGCAGGCGCCGUCGGUAGAUCUCUGAUCCAGCAGCCGGACCUGCUCACGUCCACGCCCUCCCCGUCCUGCAUGGCCGACGUCAAACAGACCCGGGGUCUCGUCCGAGAGAGGGAGACCCAGAAGCAGAGACACGUCUCUGCAGCGUUGGAGAAACAGUGCAUGGCCGAGUCCACCAACCUCGAUGUGCCCUCUCGGAAGGACUAUCUGCUGUCCCCGCCGGUGUACACCAUCCUUGAUCAUCACGAGACCAUGGAGCAUCAUAUGACAGCCAGCCGGCAGACGGACUCCCCGAUGUCUACUGGUGGUGGGAGUGGGAGGGGCUUCUCUGUAGCUUCCAUGCUGCCUCAGGGGCAUGGCAUCAACGCCUCAUCUGGUUCCUUCGGCACGUUUACGUUUACGUCGGAACAGGCCGACAUCGUAGCCUUGGCUAUGCUGGAGCAGGAAAUCCCUGGGAGGAGAGCUGCUGGGUGCACCGCAGACCACAGCACUCCAGCAAUCUCCGCCACCACGGCAUGGGAGCCCCCCAAGACUUCACCGUCGUCUGCCACCCAAGAGAGGGGCUUGUCUGCACCGCAGGGGAAGGCGACCAAGCCCAUGGAGGCUGCGGUGACAAAGCCCCCCAGCCAGGGGUCUGUCAGAGCUCAGAGUGGGGAGGGGUCCAUUAUUGGGCUGACGGGAUCCAGACAUCCAACGGGUAUUUCUUACUCCCAGGUGCAGUCCCAUCCACUGGUUCCAUCACAAUGCGGGACCAGUUUGAGUGUCAACAAUCUGAUCAGGCCUAACUCGAGCCAGCAGCCUUACCCUGGCUCGCCCAGUCUGUCGGGCCAGCAGGGCUCCAUCCCCUCCCCUGUGGGAUCUUCCCCACACUUGUCUCAGUCGUCCAACAGUUCCCUGCCCCCCUGCUCUGUCUCUGUCCAGCUCAACGACUACACCCCUCUGAAGGGUGCCCUCAUGAGGAAUCAGGCUGGUAUGGGGGAGCGCCACGUCAAACAUGUCUCCAAACGACAGGCCCAGGAAGAGGUCAUGCUGACGUCUGGGAAGCGGCCCAAGCUAUGCCCCCAGUCGACCCCCAUCCAUAGCCGCAUGGAGGUAAAAGCCCCUGACCACACCCAGAUGAUGGUGGGGCAGAUUCCCCCCGGCCCCUCAGCCAUCAUGAGCAGGAUCAACCCUGAUGGCGCUGGCUCCCUUUUCACCUCAAACUCUUUCAUGAACACCGUUCUGCGUCCCAUUGAGUGUCCACCCCAAGGACUGCCUGAUCCAAACCAGUCUGUCCUGCCUCAUGUUGCACAAGGACACCCCCAGCACACCUCAUCCCAGUCGGGUCAACACCUCAGUGGAAACCCUUACAUGAAGCAGCAACAGCAACAACAGCAACAACAACAACAGCAGCAACAACAACAGCAGCAGCAACAACAGCAGCAGCAACAGGAACAGCAAAGGCACCAGCUGUACCAGCUCCAACACCACCUGACCCAGCCUGACCCGGCGCAGCUCCACUCGCUCCACCAGAGGUUGCUGCAGCAGCAGGAGCAACAGCAUGUCCAGAAGAAGAGGGGGCUGGUGAGAGGCAAUCAGAGCAGCUCACCUGCUGGCCUGCAUCAGAAACCGCAUCACAUGGAGAAGCCAGGGGUCCAACAGCAGCAGCAGCAGCUGCAGCAGCACCCACAGCAACAACAGCAUCAACAACACGCCCAGCAGCAGGCCCACCAACACCAACAGCAGAGCCAUCAGCAGUCCCACCCGCAGCCUCACCAACAACUACCACAGCAUCCGCAGCAAACACACCAACAACAACAUCAACAACAGCAGCAGCUCCAGCAGCAGCAGAGCUCUCAUUCAAGACAUCAACAGCACCUCCAGCAGCAGAUCCAGCAGCAGCAGCACUUUGGAGUGCGACCCCCAGAGAAGAGCUGCGAGAGCCAGGCAGGAGGACCCAGGAGCCACCAUGCUGGGCAUCUGGCACAGCAGGAGCACCUCAAGGCUGGCCAGGACCACAACAGCAUGCAGAGGCUGCUGAGCUCCAGGAGCCUGGAGCAGCAGCUCAUCACGCAGCCCAGCAACCCUGCCUCCCGGGCCCCCGACAUGGCCUGCACCCCCUCCCGCCAGGAGCGCCACCGUGUCUCCAACUACUCUGCGGAGGCCCUCAUCGGCAAGAGCUCGUCAAACGCUGACCACCACCAACAGCAGCAGCAACAGCAGCAGCAGCAGCAGCAGCAACAACAGCAGCAGCAACAACAGCAGCAACAACAACAGCAACAACAGCAGCAGCAACAGCAACAACAGCAGCAACAACAACAGCAACAACAGCAGCAACAGCGAAUGGGGCUUCAUCAUCAGACUGGUCGUGGAUCUGCUCCGGAGCAGUCUGACCUGCGGGGUUACCUGGACACGUCGCGUGGGAAGGCCAGCAUAGGGCACAGCCAGAACCGCCACGAACACCCAGGCUCCUCAGACGUACAGCGAGUCUCAGAAUGCCCUCCUUUCAAGGCCAUGGUCAGCGGAGGAGGAGGACAUCAACUGGGUGGUUUUGAGGUACAGGGGUCCCGCGGAGGGGACAUGACCCCAAAACCUGUUCCCCCCACCCAGAGGGUUCCUCAGGGGCAGCAGCAGCAGCAGCAGGGGGGCUUCAGGAUGGGAGGGGGUCUUCCAGGGGACGGCAGGUCUCGUGGGGGCUACAGCGGAGCCCACCCUGGGUCUCAGGGUGGGGGGAGCGUGCUGUCGCGGGAGCAGGACAGCUGUCACCAGAGCUUCAUGCAGAACCUGCUGUCGCCGCACUUACCCGAGCAGACGGCCCACCAGCGUCCGGUGCAGUGCUGCCCCCCGGUCAGCAUCAUGGAGUACGGCUGUGUGACCGCCAGCUCCGCGGCCGACAUGCAGGCCAAGGCCUCAAGUCCCAGCGGAGCCCAGAGCCAGAAGACCCAGAGCAUGAGGCUCGGGGACGGCAGCAAGGGCCACCUCCCGCAUGGGAGUGGGAACAUGCACGGAGGAGGGAGCCCCGUGGUGAGAGCUGCCGUUCUCCCCCACCCCACCAUUCCGCACAGCGGCCCCGAGCCUGGCGGCCGCCCCCCUGCCACCCGCGCUCCCUCCACCGCCGCCGGCCAGCGCUCCCGCCACCCGGGCCAGGACAACCUGCCCGCCAAGCUGAGGCCUGGGGAGCGACCGCGCUCCGGCCCCCUGAGACCCACCAACCCCUUCGAGCCGGAGGGGCACCUGCCGCUGGCCCCUGGGGGCCACCUGCCGCUGGCCCCUGGGGGUGGGGGGUUGCUGAGCAGGCCUCAGUCCGGGGGGGACGCACGGCGCAGCAGCAUCGUCCGCUUCAACGACGGGGACGGCAACCUGCUCCCAGACCAGCACCUCACGCAGAACUUCAGCUUCCCCUUCAUCGGGGAGGGGGGGAUGAACCCCCCGCCGCCUCCUCCGCCCAUCAACACCAACUCCACCUUCAUACCGCCAGUGAGCCAGGCGGGCUCCUCGCGGACCCCCGCCCUCCUGCCCGUGGAGCCGCAGAACACCCUGCCCUCCUUCUAUUCGUCCUACUCCCCGGCGGCCCACCCCAGCCUGCCCAGCGACCUGCCACUGCAGUACUUCUCCAACCAGAUGUUCACCAGCCCCGGGGGGGACAAGGGUGGUGCCGCGCCCCUCAACAACCGCUUCGGCUCCAUCCUGUCCCCGCCCCGCCCGGUGGGCUUCGGUCAGGCCAGCUUCCCCCUGCUCCCGGAGAUGCCCCCCAUGCCCAUCACCAACGCCUCGGGCAUCACGCCGCACCUCUCCAACUUCAGUCUGACCUCGCUGUUCCCGGAGAUCGCCACGGCGAUGCCCAGCGACGGCUCCUCCAUGCCCAUGUCCCCGCUGCUGUCGCUGUCCAACGCCUCGGCCGCCGACUCGGGCAAGCAGACCAACCGGCCCGCCCACAACAUCAGCCACAUCCUGGGCCACGACGGCAGCUCCGCCGUCUGAUUGGCCUGCAGGUCGCCAUGGCGAGAAGGGGUUCCUAGUAGUCAGGGUACCAUUUCAGUUUUCAAGACAGGGCGGGGGGGCGCAAGUGAUUUGGAUAAGAGUUGACAGGAAGUCACAAUUAAAGAUGGGGUUCAUUGAGGUUUAAAGACCCCGUCUCCAUAGACUCCAUAUUUUUGUUUUUGUUUUUUACAUCUUUAGGUGGAGACACAAAUAAGUAACUUAUGUCAUACUUUGGUUCAACUAUCUUGUAGUAAUUAUCCACCUUUAGGUUUAUAAGAAGAUUUCAAACAUCCACUGAGGUUUAUCAGUUUUUUUCAAUAAUACCCAGAAAUGUAAUUUACUAACUUAUAUCAGGGUUUACUGUACAGAAUCCAUUUUCCCAAAAGCUAUUUUGUAAAUACCAAUGUUUCAUACAAGAGUAUGUAUGUAUUUGUAAAUACAAAGUUGAUUAAUAAAGUUUAUAAGCAUCCUUUUCCAUGUAUCAACGA